UCUUCCCAAAAAAUUGGGUCAACCCGUGGAAAAACCAGGGAUGAUUGUUGUAGACUCUUCUGGGUAGUACAUUCAAACCGGGUGAAACCCACCCAAAAACAACAACAUACAAUUUAUGUGAGCUCUUUUGCAUACAAAGAGCGGCGGUUCUUCCACAUCCUUGUCCUCGAGACUUGGGACUUGGGACUCGGGACUUGGCAGAGGAGUAUUUGGUGUUUUCUUCUCCAUUUCUCACUGUCUUCCAGUCCCUGCCGGAAAUACUCGUACGUCCUCGGGCUCAAAAUGAAGCGCGUCUACCACGAAAUUUCCGACGACGAGUGGUUGAAUCACUCCUUCAAGCCCUCUCGCGUGUUUACCAAAGCGCAGGCCGAACCUCCGAUCCCUCCUCCUAUUGAAUCUUUUGCUUACCGACCGCACAAACAGUAUACUUCCGACGACAGCAGCGAUGAUUGUGUCGUCGUCAUGGAAACUUGCAAGAAUUUUGAGGAGAAUUUGGAGGACGAUGAUGUCGAGGUUGAGGAGGGACUGAAGUCCACCGCGGCUGUGGGUCGCGGCCGUCGUUUCGUGGUUGAUGAUGAAGAUGAAGACGAAGACGAAGACGAAGAAAGCGACGGGGAAUUUGCCGAGGUUUGUGAUGUUAGGUCGACGAGUGAGGAGGAAGGCAGGGAGGAGCAGGACGAUGGUGUCGUCGGUAAGGCUCUGCAGAAAUGUGCAAAAUUAUCUGCGGAGUUGAAGAGAGAGCUGUACGGAUCAUCCGUCUCUGCCUGCGAACGCUAUUCGGAAGUGGAAUCUUCUUCUGUUAGGAUCGUCACCCAGGAUGAUAUUAACGCGGCUUGUAAGGCUGAAGACUCAGAUUUUGAGCCUGUUCUGAAGCCAUAUCAAUUGGUUGGGGUGAACUUUCUUCUUCUUUUGUAUCGGAAGGGAGUUGGCGGAGCUAUACUUGCCGAUGAGAUGGGUCUGGGGAAGACAAUUCAGGCUAUUACAUAUCUUGUGAUGUUGAAAUAUUUGAACAAUGAUUCGGGGCCUCAUCUAAUUGUAUGCCCUGCAUCUGUUCUCGAGAAUUGGGAAAGAGAACUCAAAAAGUGGUGUCCAUCCUUUUCUGUACUCCAGUAUCAUGGGGCUGGCCGGUCGGCAUAUGCAAAAGAAUUGACUUCUCUGGCCAAGUCGGGCUUGCCUCCUCCAUUUAAUGUUCUUCUUGUUUGUUAUUCUCUCUUUGAAAGGCACAGUUCCCAGCAGAAGGAUGAACGCAAAAUUCUGAAACGCUGGCAAUGGAGCUGUGUUCUUAUGGACGAGGCUCAUGCCUUGAAAGAUAAAAACAGCUAUCGGUGGAAAAACUUAAUGUCUCUUGCACGUAAUGCAAAGCAACGGUUAAUGUUGACGGGGACACCUCUACAAAAUGAUUUGCAUGAGCUGUGGUCACUGCUGGAGUUCAUGAUGCCCAAUCUUUUUGCUACUGAGGAUGUGGACUUGAAAAAGCUAUUAACUGCCGAGAAUAAUUCUUUGAUUAAUCAUAUGAAAUUCAUUUUAGGUCCGUUUAUUUUGAGACGUUUAAAAUCUGAUGUUAUGCAGCAACUUGUCCCAAAGAUACAGCAGGUUCAGUACGUUGUAAUGGAAAAGCAACAAGAAGAUUCCUACAAGGAUGCCAUUGAAGCGUAUCGAAGUGCUUCACGUGCUCGUGUUGAUAGAAAUGCCAAGACUAAUUUAAAUAACAUAUAUGGUGUUCUUCCUCGUCGGCAGAUAUCUAAUUAUUUUGUUCAGUUCCGCAAGAUUGCUAAUCAUCCUUUACUAAUACGGCGCAUUUACAAUGAUGAGGAUGUUGCUCGUUUUGCUAAAAGAUUACACUAUUUGGGUGCAUUUGGCUCGGAAUGUUCCGUGGAAAGGGUAGUUGAGGAACUUAAAAGUUAUAAUGACUUUUCCAUUCACCGGUUAUUACUUUCAUAUGGAAUUACCGACAGAAAGGGAGUUCUACCAGAUGAAGAGGUUCUACUUUCAGCGAAGUGUCGGGCAUUAGCGCAACUACUUCCUUCAUUGAAGCAAGAUGGACAUCGAGUUCUUAUUUUUAGUCAAUGGACAUCAAUGCUCGACAUCCUCGAAUGGACAUUGGAUGUGAUUGGGUUAACUUAUAGACGACUUGAUGGAAGCACGCAGGUAGCAGAAAGACAGACAAUAGUUGACACUUUCAAUAACGACACUUCUAUAUUUGCAUGCUUGCUUUCUACUAGAGCAGGGGGGCAGGGCUUGAACCUAACUGGAGCCGAUACUGUUGUCAUUCAUGACAUGGAUUUCAAUCCACAGAUUGACCGUCAAGCAGAAGAUCGUUGCCACCGAAUCGGCCAAACUAGACCAGUCACUAUAUACAGGUUAGUCACCAAGGAAACGGUGGAUGAAAAUGUGUAUGAGAUAGCAAAAAGGAAGUUAGUCCUUGAUGCUGCAGUUCUUGAGUCUGGUAUGGAGAUGGAUAACGAGGGCCAGUCAUCUGAUAAGACCAUGGGGGAGAUAUUAUCAGCUAUUCUUCUUGGUUAGAGAUUUUGUUGCGGCCACUGGUAGCCGAAGCCAAGACUCGACUCUUGUUCUGACGCUUGUCUUGGGAUAUAGUUAGGUUCAUUUGUUGUAGCAACUGCUCCUUGAAUUGGUGCAAAAACCAAUAGAGGUAUUAAAGUGUCGGUCCAAUAUCAAUAUGGAAUAGAUGUAACAUCAUCACUCCUCACUAAUGGCAAGUAGAUUUAGUUUAGGUUAUACAUACAUGUAUGUAUAGGAGACGCUACUUUUAUGAAACCAGAAGUUGCUUCCAAAUCUUGUUCCGACUUCUGUUGUAAUUUUCUAUUUUAUUUUAUUUGUCAUUUUUAAUU